AGUCAUAGAAUGAUCAAGAAAAGAAACCGAAUAGGCACGCACUCACUCAUUAAUUUAAAGAUAAUUUAUUGAGGAUAAAUUCAUAGGUGUUGUGUUUUGCCACUCCUAACAGCCAGGAAUGAAAUAAAUACAGCUCCCAGUCAUCUUUCCCAUUCAUCUUUCCUUGUACAUCAUGUACAACUUGGAGAGCUCUCUGUGGCCAGAGCUACAAAUAGCCUGUCCUCCAGGGUAGACUUUUAUUAUUUCCUAUCAUCUUGUCAGCCUGGUGAGUGUAAUUUUCAUACCUUUUAGUGUGGCUGCAAGCUUUGACUCAAGUUUCCUUGUUAGCUUGCUAGCCUUUUUAGCAUCAUUAUCCAUGCUGUCUUCCCUCUGUUGCCCUCUUGUUCUCCAAGCAACUUGCCUAUCAAUACUGCAGCAGAUACUCUUACAAGAGUUGCAUUUUACAUCCAGAAGUGGCUUCCUGGGAAUGGUUUGGCAAGGUGCAGGUGGGUCAACUUGUAUUCAAUCUAAGAUUCUCCUUAAUGUCCCUGAUGAACAAUCCAGCUUAGAUUAACCAGCUGCCUGCUGCCUAAACACAGGUUUAGCUGGCACAGGCACAACUGGAAACCAUCUUUGCCAGUUGGUAAGUGCUGGUAGAUUAAAAAAAAAAAAAAAAAUGUCUGAAACAUUUUUGGAUCAAUUUACUCAAGUAAUAAGGGAGCUAGCACAUUUACCUCACAUCUCCAGGGUUGUGGAUUAGAAUCCCACCUCUGCUCUGUGUGUGGCGUUUGCAUGUUCUCUCUGUGCUCUGAUGGUUUCCUCUGGGUACUCCAGUUUCCUUCGCCAGUCCAAAGACAUGUGUUGUAGGCUGAUUGGCAUCUGUAAAUUGUAGUGUGUGAAUGGGUGUGUGUGUGUAAUUGUGCCUUGCGAUGGAUUGGCACCCUGUACAGGGUGUCCCCUGGCUCAUGCCCUGAGACCCGUGGGAAAGGCUCCAGGCUACCCGCGACCCAAUGUAUGAUAAGUGGUACAGAAAAUUGAUGGAUGAACGGAUGGAUGGAUGGAUAGAUAAGGGAGCUGGAAAAUAACUUGCCAGCUGCAAAGAUAAUUUAACAACAAAUAAAAGCUGUAUUAUAGCAUUAAUAAGGGCAAAGGUACAAAAUAUGGUAAAUAUGUCUUCAUAAUUAAGCAGAAUAAUAAAAUGUGUAAAAGAAAUCAUGAUGUAUGUGACUUCAUGUGUAUUCCUGCUGAAAAUAUCAACAGAAACCUUCAUAGAAUUUGUAAUGAUUUGGAUGAGGAAUUGUAUUAGUGGAUACCAUUAAGGACCGGUAAUGGUAAUGAUUUUAAUGCUCAACUGAUGGUUUGUAAUGCUAUUUGUAGUGUAAAACAUUAGAAAUUUCUGUAAUGGUUUCUAUUGUUUUAAUUGAUUUAACGACAUUUUACAGUGUAGAACCUGUCAUAACACAAGCCGUCGUCUUUUAUGAGAAACAAAACAAAAAUGUUUAAAUGAACGCAGAAAUAUGUAAGUAAAAGAUUUGAAGAAUCAUUUUAGAGUCAGAAAAAAGAAGUUUUGCACAUCCCUGCCUCCCUCUCAGGGUUAGCAUGUAGCUACACUGUCAGCAUCUCUGGAGACUCAACGCGUUUUAGCACACCGUUCAUUUCCUGCUCAGUGGCUCCAAUGAUUUAUUUUUUUAAAAUGUAUUUGAGACGUAUAAAUCUUGUUAUUUGCUCCCCCCAUACUCUGUGUGUGAACAGGGCGUAGUGUGUGUAUCUAGCCUCCUCCUCCUACCAUUUCCCGUUCGGAGAAGCUUAUUUAGCGGCUCGGAAUGGGAGUCUCACUAGCGAGAGGUUUUCCAGGGGCACAUAACUGGCGUGACUCCAUAGCGAGCAGUCAGGGAAAGUGAUGUAAUAGCUUUGUUAACCGUUAAACUAAUCUUCGGUGGAAUAUAUUUGCCCGGUGAAGCAGUAGGCGAUGUCUUUUUAUUUGUAUGACAUUAGAUAAAGGGAAGGGAAGGGAAGGGAGUGUGCACCUUGCGCUUUAUGAGAUGACGCGAGUGGUUUUGUUUGAAUGAAACACUACUCAAGGAUGGAUGACUUCCCUCAUCUUUUUCCAGACCAAAGCCCUCCGCUUCACAUGGAAACGCCGUUACCUCGUAUUAUCGGUGCCUCUGCGGCGACGGGAGCCGGCUCAGGGGUGAGCAGCGCCUUACGGAGUGAUUUAGGCUCCAAUAUUCAUGUUUUAAAAACGCUGAAUCUCCGCUUCCGCUGUUUCCUCGCUAAAGUGCAUGAGCUGGAGCGCAGGAACAAAGUGUUAGAGACUCAGCUGCAGCAUGCUCAUGAUGAGUCCCGGUACAGGAGCUUUUUAAGACGGGAGCAAGCUGCACAAACGGACUGUGAGCUUCCGUUUGCAGGCCCGCUAGCCGAGGCGAGGCUACCCGGGAGAAUCUGGAGUUACUCCCAGAGCAGGAGGUAUGGAGGUCGGCUAGAGCUCCAUCACGGGCCCGGAGGUUCAUGGACGCACCCGGUUGGAGUCGGAGUCCAGAUCGACACCAUCACCCCUGAGUUGAGGGCCAUCUACAACGUGUUAGCCAAAGUGAAACGAGAGAGAGACGAAUACAGAAGGAGAUGGGAGGAGGAGUUGUCCAACUGCCAGCAAAUGGGGGCCAUGGUGGAGACUUUACAACAAAGUGCGCAGGAUUCUGAGGCCCUACGGAAAGAACUGAGUGAGAAAGUGGAACAGCUUAAAGCUGAAUUGGUCGUCUAUAAGAGUCUCAUGACUGAUGAAAUGUCAGAUUUGGACACCAAAAUUCAAGAGAAAGCCAUGAAGGUGGACAUGGACAUUUGUAGACGCAUCGACAUCACAGCGAAACUGUGCGACGUGGCCCAGCAGAGGAACUCGGAAGACAUGAGCAAGAUGUUUCAUGUCAGUCCUUCUAGAGCUCCUGCAGACCACAAAGGAGCGUCUGCAGCAUGUAAAAAGAAGGAGCGUAAGGCUGUGUCUGACGAUGAGAAUGCUGAGGUGGAGGCAGACAGCGAGCACUCUGAGAAGGAAGUUGCUGGAUCUUUGAACAUUACAGAUGAAAUGAAGCGCAUGCUCAGUCAGCUAAUUAGCUCAGAUAACUGCUCUGUCGCCAGGCGGGAGACGUUCGAGUUUGACGAUGACUGUGACAGUCUGGCCUGGGAGGAGACUGAAGAGACUCUGCUCCUGUGGGAGGACUUUACCAACAACUCCACCACUACUGCUGCUGCUGCCGGUGCACACUCUAGCGCUGCCUGUGCUGCCGAGUGCCACGGAGAAACACACGAGCCGGAUGGAAGUCUGGGCAGUCUGAUAAACAAGACUGAGUCACUCUUUAAAACGAGAGAGCAGGAGUACCAAGAUUCAAUUGGACAGAUCGAGCUGGAGCUGGCCACAGCCAAGAGUGACAUGACCAGACACCUGCAAGAGUACAUGGAGAUGUGCAGUAUGAAGCGAGGACUGGAUGUGCAGAUGGAGACCUGUCGCAGACUCCUCCAGAGCUCAGCAGCCACUGGCAGAUACUCACCAUUCUUAAACUCUGGAGCAAGCAGUGACUCAGGAAACGUAGAAGACCUGCAAGAUGAACUGGACAGGGAUGGAGAGAAGGACAGAGACAUUGUUGGAAAGAGCGAUGGAGAGACAGACGUACACGAAGAGAUGCUACGGUCUUGACUCUACCUCAACUGGCUGACUGUAACCGGUAUGACUUAUAUAUGCAUACUUCUUACA